GGGCACACGUCCGGGGAACUGCUCACAGAGGGACAACGGGCGUAACAUUCGGCGCUCUCACCGCCACGUCCUGGGUGCUGUUUUUUGUAAAGGGACACUUUUUUACUCUUUAUGUUUAAUGUGCUACGUGAUACCAAAGUGUAACCGCUUUUGAAAUGAUAAGCCAAAAUGCUCGUUCUCUGACCGGGUAUCGGACCCGGGGAGGAGUGGUGAGAGCGCCGAAUCCUCACCACGAAACCAGCAGGGAGUGUGGUGGUCUCCCUCCCCGUGUCCUGCCGACCCGCAUCAUCACCAGCAUUCAUUAUCUACUGCUGAAUGAAGGCUCCCCGGACUGUCGCCAUCUCUCUGGGUCCCGCGAUUCCACAGUCUCAGCCUUGAGAUGAUUCCACUGCUCCAUCUUCACGUCGGCCUUCCUCUCGAUCGUGCUCCAGGUGUUGGAGGUGCCGGGACAGGAGGAGACGUGGGGGCCUCUCUGGUGGUCUCGUGGUUAGGAUUCGGCGCUCUCACCGCCGUCACCCGGGUUCGAUUCCCGCAGACCCCAUGGCUCCCGUGGCUCAGGCCCAGCCGCAGGCCGCGGGGCCUCAGGCGCUUUUGGGGGCCCCGGCCGCGCUGCGCCGCGUGCUUGAGCUCGUCCGCCUGGAGAAUCUGGUGGCAGGGGUGAGCGGCGGGGUCCUCUCCACCGUGGCUCUUCACCCUCUCGAUCUCGUCAAGAUUCGCCUCGCUGUGAGUGAUGGGCUGGCGGGGCGGCCUCGCUACACGGGGCUGGCGCACUGCUUGCGCAGCGUGUGGAUGCAGGAGGGGAUCAAAGGCCUCUAUCAGGGGGUCACCCCCAACAUGUGGGGCGCCGGCGCCUCGUGGGGGCUGUACUUCUUCUUUUACAACGCCAUAAAGGCGUACAAGCAGGAGGGCACGGAGGGGUCGCUCAGCGCCGGGCAGCACCUCGUCUCUGCCGCACAAGCAGGUGCCAUGACGCUGUGCGUGACGAACCCCGUGUGGGUGGUGAAGACGCGACUGGUGCUGCAGUACGAAGCAGGUGGUGGCACGGUGCCCCGGCGCUAUCGUGGCAUGGUGCAUGCACUCAUGCUCAUCGCACGUGAGGAGGGAGUGCGAGGCCUCUACCGGGGAUUUGUGCCGGGCCUAAUUGGCACGUCUCACGGAGCGCUGCAGUUCAUGGCAUAUGAAGAGCUCAAGUCUGGCUACAACGUUCGCCGGGGACGGCCGCCCGCCGCCAAGCUGGAGACGAUGGAGUACUUAGGCAUGGCGGCACUCUCCAAGCUGUUUGCCGUAUCGGCUACGUACCCAUACCAGGUGGUCCGGGCACGCCUGCAGGACCAGCACACGCACUACCGUGGCGUGUGGGAUGUUGUGAGUCGGGCGUACAGAAACGAGGGGAUGCUGGGAUUCUACAAAGGGAUUGUGCCCAACCUCCUGCGUGUCACCCCUGCGUGCUGCAUCACCUUUGUUGUCUUCGAAAACGUCUCCAGCUUCCUGUCCACAAUGCGGCACUGAGACCUCACAACCCUGACCUCGGGGCCUUUGAGCCAUGGGUGGCUGGUACUGGACCGCCCACGAGACUGCAGCGUCGUCACUGGCCAGAGUGGGUGCCACACGAGAUCUCGGGCUUGUGUGGCAGCCACAAGACCGGCACGAGACCGAUGUGAACAGAGAGUUGAGUGGCGCUGCUUACUUAUAGCUUGCACUGCUGGUGGGACGCUCGCUGUAGGGCGCAAUGCCUUUUGAGGCUAGUCAAGACAGGUGGAAAUUAUCGCUGAAACGCACAACUCAAGAUUGUCUGGGGUUGAUAUUUUCUGUAUCCUUUACCUCCGUACGCCUGUGAUGAACCCAAUCAACUCGCCAAACUAAGGCACUUUUCAGCUGUAAUUUUUGGCAGUGGUGUGUUGGCUGCUAUUUUCGUGUAUGUUGUGAUGUAGCAAUUGGUGGCUGAUGGUUGCGGCCUUGUGUGGUGCAAGGGUACUUCAAAGUAAGUCCUAAUAGCACAACCCCUGGAGAGAGCAUGCUUUUCUGUGACAGCACAUGCCCAUUGUGUGACUGAGUGCCAAGGGCUGUGCAGCUGUCCUGCGACACAUGCUGCUGCACCCCAGCCACUGAGCUGACAGCCAUAGAUUCAGUACAAUUCUAUUUAACCUAUUUUGUAAUUGAAAAUUUUAGCGCACUUGGCUUCCAUCAAUAAGUAUAUUUUAAAUCUGUUUGUAAAUCACCCUUAAUUUAUCUUUGACUUUAGAGUGUGUGCGGACUCGUAACUCAUUAUAUCAAACUGCCCGUAUUAAUUUCAGGGCUAUGUGAAAGUGAUCGAAAACGCCCUUUCACGUGUAGGCGGUGGAGGGGAACGAUUCUAAACACUAAAGCUGGACACUCUUGGUCCUGCAAAUUGCUGUUGUCAUACACAAAAUAUGUAUGUAUAAGCGUCUGAUCUGUAGACGCGCCUUCUGCGUCAAUGCCGAGUUGUAUGCUCGCGUGUUUUGGUAAUAAACGUGGAAUUGCCGACCCGGCACACGCGGUGUUUGUUCAUCGUU